UGCUGCGUACAACGCUUACAAACAGUUUGUGCAGAUUGACACGACAGCACUUUUCCUUGUGGCAGCAAUGGAACAUUUUCAUUUGGAUGAUGUCACAGCUACUCCAGACGGCUUAGUACCAGACCACAUCCAGCAAGGCUCUGCAGAACAGAAGAGGACCUGGCUCCAUGACUCUGUGGCAGAGGUCGUUGACAAGUUUUUAAUGUCUACAGACAUUGCUGACCUGACAGCUGGCGUUACUGAAGCGGCAACAGCCCAACGCACUGAGAAGGAGAAGCUCCCUUGUCGUGAGCCAGGUUGCAAGAAAGUUUUCAUUUAUCGAAAAGCCAGAGAGACCCACGAAGAGAAAGUCCACAGUUUUGUGGUGGCAUCUAUGCCAGUUGUUGAGCCGGCUUCCUCUGGUCUGAUUGACCACAAAAAACAGCAUACUGAGGCCAGGCUUAGCUUUGGAUUUCUGCUAUUCGAUAUGUUGGAUGCAGUGAAAGAGGGAGAUGGGGAGCGCUUGAUAAGGCUGUACAAGGUGGCACUACUGAUUUACAAGGCUUACGGGCACACUAAUUAUGCCUACAGCACUUUCCUCUUGACUGUACAAAUCAAUGCAACAAUGUCCCCUAGGGUUAAACAUGAUGUAACCUGGAACCGAUUCUGGAAUAGUAGCGGCGGGAAAGGGAAAAAUGUUCCUCUUGAUCUGCACCUCGAGCACCUCAACAACUUCCUGAAAUCUUUUUUGAGGAAUAAAGGCACCAACCUGGCAGAGAAAACAGCUGACAGGGUCAGCAGGUCUGUUGGUUUAUUAAAAACCCUGAUGGAUACAACAGACGGAGAGCUGCAGCUAUCCCGGCCCAGUGGCAUCCACCAUGCAGAUCUAAAAAACAACAUUUUAAUGGUGCUUCAGGUAUUAAGGAACACUGAGGUUUUCAACCAGCAACCGGGAAGACACUUCUCUGCAUUCCCUAAAUUUAACAGAAACAUUCUGUCCAAGCUAAACUAUAAUGACGUGUGGCGAUGGAUGCGUUGCAGGCUGAAAGACUGGAGGACUGUUGUUCUUUAA